CUCAAGAAACUGUCACCCUACAUUGAUGACUCAGGUUGCCUCAGAGUAGGAGGUCGUCUUGCACAAGCCAAUCUCCAAAGCGAUGAAGCAAACCCAUAUAUUGUUCCUGGUCAUCAUCAUUUGACGACCCUUCUGGUACGUCACUAUCAUCAGCGUGUACAGCAUCAAGGACGUCUAUUUACAGAAGGUGCUGUGAGGUCAGCUGGCCUUUGGAUCAUUGGUGGAAAACGAUGCAUCAGCUCGGUUAUAUACCACUGUGUAAUCUGCCGUAAAUUGAGGCGCAAUACAGAAGAACAAAAGAUGGCGGACCUGCCAAUGGAUCGUACCGCAGUUGCUCCUCCAUUCACUUAUGUCGGAGUCGAUGUUUUUGGACCCUGGAUUGUAACUUCUCGGCGAACACGGGGAGGCUAUGCAAACAGUAAACGGUGGGCUGUUAUCUUCAGUUGUUUGAGUACUAGGGCCAUUCAUGUCGAGGUGAUGGAAUCUAUGGAGUCCUCAAGCUUCAUCAAUGCCUUUCGAAGGUUUGUUUCCAUUCGUGGACCGGUGAAGCAAUUGAGAUCUGACUGUGGAACUAACUUCCUAGGAGCAUGCAAGGAACUUGGCAUAACUCCAACACACUGCAACAAUCAAGAAAUUCAGAAUUUCUUAAAUGAAAAUGAGUGUACAUGGAUUUUUAAUCCACCUCAUGCCUCACAUAUGGGAGGAAGUUGGGAGCGCAUGAUCGGCAUCACAAAGCGCAUACUAGAUUCCAUGUUGUCGUGUUCUCCAACUCAGCAUCUCACCCACGAAGUGCUAGUUACCUUUCUAGCUGAGGUAACUGCCAUUGUGAACUCUCGUCCUUUAACUCCAGUCUCUUCUGAUCCUGAAUGUUCCUUUAUUCUCACACCUGCUACCCUCCUUACCCAAAAGACUGGGGAUUCCUCUAUACCUCCUGGAGACUUUGAAAGUGGAGGUCUUUACAGACGUCAGUGGAGGCAGGUGCAACAUCUCUCGAAUGUUUUUUGGCAUCGAUGGAGAACUCAGUACUUGCCUACCUUGCAACCGCGACGAAAGUGGCAAUCAGAGAAGCCUAAUCUUCAAGUUGGAGAUCUUGUGCUUUUAAAGGACAGUCAAGCCAAAAGAAGCCAGUGGCCCAUGGGAAUUGUGGUUAAUACCUUCCCUAGUCAAGAUGGAAACGUUAGGAAGCUUGAAAUAAAAAUCAGUUCUGGAGGUACAUGCAAGACCUUCUUGAGACCAGUUACUGGAGUUGUUCUCCUUCUGAAAAACACCUGCAGCAAGGACAGUAGUUAGACAUAAGGUGACAUCUUAUAGAUGUCAGGCGGGGAGUGUGCUGGUUGUGAUUCUUCCCAGCCAGCAGGUGGUGGUGU